AUGGGCAGCCGCUCUUCGCAAGAAAGCUCUCCGCAGGAUGCCGGAGAUCCUGAAAGCAGGCCAGAUCCUGCUCCGUCGGCAGAACUCGCAGAGGAAGAUCCUUCUGUUCAGGGCCCGAUCUCCAACAAGGAGAUAGAGAGCGAGCCUUGUUGCGGCCGACUUUGUGGAUCUCUCUCCUGCAGCGACCAACUCUUGGAUCCGGUCGCGCAGAAACCUUUUGGAACCGAUGCUGCAUCUCUGCUUUGCAGUCAAGACGGCUGCUCAGAGAAUGCCCGAGAGAUUUGCCUGGCUUUGUCUGGGUCGCCAGAACCUCGACAGGAGCUUUCCUCAGCAGAGUCCUAUGCUUUGGCACUUGAAGACGGACGACUGGACACCAGGGAUGGCUACGGUCUGAUGCCGGCCAAGUUGUACGUGCCCGUAAACUUUCGGCAGCUUGCGUACGAUUGGUCUGCCCCAAGCUCUUCACAGCCUGCUAUCUCCGAUGCCGAGAUGGCAAAGCUGAGAGAGUGUCUCACCAUCUUUAUUGAAGCCAUGCUCCGCGGCGUGAUUGUCCAACUACGAAUUGACGACAACGAGACGGAUCACCAAGGGUGCAACCUUCUGGCAGUCGUCUCCCUGCCCUCAUCUUUAGAAGAGCUGCUCAUAACCUCUGGAGGUCUGGAACAAAGCAUUCGUAUGAGUUGCAUUCGUUGGGUGCGCCCUCUCGAGAAGGGUCGAAAGACCGGAUGCCUGUGGCCGGUAAGCGAGAGGCGAAAAAUGGUGCACAUCAGCCUCGACGGAGGGUGCUUUCUGCGUCUUCGCUUCGAGCAGGAGGACCAGGCGGCUUUCUUUGGCACUUGCAUGAGACUACUUGCGAAGGCGUCGCAGUCCGACUCCCUGCCGGAUUGA